AUGUCUACUGAGCUCACUCACCCUUCUAUCGUUGACGGAUGGUUCCGCGAAAUUUCUGACACCAUGUGGCCUGGUGAGGCUAUGACUCUUAGAGUCAAGAAGGUUUUACACGCCGCUAAGUCUAAAUACCAAGAUGUUCUUGUUUUUGAGUCUACUGACUAUGGUAAUGUCCUUGUUUUGGAUGGUGCUAUUCAGGCUACUGAAAGAGAUGAGUUCUCCUACCAGGAGAUGAUCACUCAUCUUGCCCUCAACUCUCACCCCAACCCUAAGAAGGUUCUUGUCAUUGGCGGUGGUGAUGGCGGUGUUCUUCGCGAAGUUGUUAAGCACAAGUGCGUUGAAGAGGCCGUUCUUUGCGAUAUUGACGAGAUGGUUCCUGAAGUUUCCAAGCUUUACCUUAAGGAGAUGAAGAAGGGUUUUGAAGAUGAGAGAGUCACUGUUCACAUUGGUGAUGGUUUCAAGUUCCUUGCUGAGUACAAGAACACUUUUGACUGCAUUAUUACCGAUUCUUCUGAUCCUGAGGGCCCUGCUGCCUCUCUUUUCCAGAAGCCUUACUUUGAGCUCCUCUCUGACGCUCUCACUGAAAAGGGUGUUAUUACUACUCAGGCUGAAAGCAUCUGGCUUCAUCUCGAUAUUAUUAAGGAUCUCAAGAAGGCUUGCAAGUCUGUUUUCCCUACUGUUGAGUAUGCUUAUACUACUAUUCCUACCUACCCCUCUGGUCAAAUUGGCUUUAUGGUCUGCUCCAAGGACCCCAAUGCCACUCCUAAGGUCCCCCUUAGAUUUUUUGACGACGAAGAGAAUGACAAGAUCAACAAGUACUACAACAAGGAGAUCCACUCUGCCUCUUUUGUUCUUCCCACCUGGGCUCGCAAGGCUCUUAAUGAGGCCUAA